GCUUCACUUCUGCGCGUGGGCGAGCGAAGUGCUGAGACGCGCACGGCCCGGCGCUGCGUGCGGCCUCCUGCGGGACCUGGCGUCCUACGCCGAGGUUGUAACUGCCAGGCAGGGUCUCCGCCCGGCGCAAAAAUGGCGGCCCCCGGCUGGCGCAUCCGCCGCCGGCUCCGGAUCUAUGCUGCGUGCAGCCAGGCCCGCCGGAAGAAUCGCUGAGGUGACCAGCCCUCGUCUCCCGUUCCCCACCGCGUGCUACAUCUCCUGGAUCGCUGUCAGCACUGCCGCCCCAGGCUGCUUCUUCCCAGGCAGGAGCUCGUCUCCUCCCUAGCAGGCACCAUUUCCUCAGAUCGUCCCGGGAUAUAGUCUGAAAAUCCUGAAGGCAGGACCGGGGCCUAUAUAUGGAAUUAAUUUUCUUCAAAAUGCCCAACUCUAAUACCAAAUCUCAUCGUGGUCACCAAGGUGGUCAGGAAGCUGGCAGACGUGAGCUGGUUUCCAGAUCUUUACAGAGUGCUCAGCAUUGUCUGGAAGAUCAGGAUUUUGGAACUGCAUAUGCCCAUUAUCUCCUGGUACUAAAUCUAGCUCCUGAGCUAAAAAAUGAUGUCAGGGAAACUUUCCGGUUUACCCUCUUCAAAUGGGCUGAAGAGCUAGCUUCUCUUGCACGGAUUCAAGAUUUAUUUAACUGCUAUGAGCAGGCCCUGGAACUGUUUCCUAAUGAUGAAAUAAUAUGUAAUAGUAUGGGGGAACAUCUCUUCAGAAUGGGCUUUAGAGAUGAAGCAGCUGGAUAUUUCCACAAAGCACUGAAGCUAAACCCUGACUUUGUUGAUGCAAAGGAGAAUUUUUACCGUGUUGCAAACUGGCUGGUAGAACGUUGGCACUUUAUCAUGCUUAACGACACCAACAGGAAUCUGAUUUACCAGAAAGCAAUUGAGAAGGUGGUCCGCUCUGGUUGCAGAACUGUUCUAGAUAUUGGAGCAGGAACAGGAAUACUGAGUAUGUUUGCCAAGAAGGCUGGUGCACCUUGCGUCUAUGCCUGUGAGUUGUCGAAGACCAUGUAUGAACUUGCUUGUGAUGUGGUAGCAGCAAAUAAUAUGGAAGGAGAGAUCAAACUUCUGCCUAUAAAGUCUCUUGAUAUAGAAAUUCCAAAGCACAUACCUGAAAGGGUUUCUCUGGUUGUCACAGAAACGGUAGAUGCAGGUUUGUUUGGAGAAGGGAUUGUGGAGAGUUUGAUACAUGCUUGGGAGCAUUUGCUUUUACAACCAAAGCCUAAAAAUCAAGACACUGGCACAGAAGACUAUGGUCAAGUUAUUCCUGCAGGUGCUAUUGUAUUUGGGAUGGCAGUGGAAUGCAAAGAGAUACGCAGACAUCACAGGGUGGGAAUAAAAGAAGUUGCCUGUGUGCGUUUGGCAGAAACGGUUGAGUUCUGUAGUCCAACACGUGCUUCUGUGAGCUCAGAGGAAACUAUUGAACCUUACACCACAGAAAAACUCAGUAGAGUUCCUGGGGGUUAUAUGCCACUGACAGAACCUUUUCAAGCUAUGACAGUGGAUUUCAACAAUCUGGAGGAAUUGAAAAGCCUGGCAACUAGGAAGCCUUGCAAGAUCAGCAUACCUGUCACUCAAGGAGGCGUGCUGGAUGCUAUUGUGGUAUGGUUUGUACUACAGCUUGAUGAUGAGCACAGUCUGUCUACAAGUCCCAGUGAGGAAACUUGCUGGGAACAAGCAGUCUACCCUGUGCAGGGCCUUCCUGAUUAUUCUGUGAAACCUGGAGACGCUGUGAUGAUGGAAGUAUGCUGCCAAGAUUGCUACUUGAGAAUCCAGAAGAUUUCUGUUUUGACUUCAGAGUAUGGGAUGGACAUUGAAAGGGAGAAUACACUGGCUUCGGGCAAUGAGGCUGAACUAUGUAGUGCUUUGGCUAGUCUUCAAACUACUAGCACACCGGAUGGCAUAGGGCAGGAAUGCAUGCUGGAAUCCACUGAAAUUGCACUUCUAAACAAUGUGCCAUACCAUGAAUGCUUUAGUGCUGCCAUUGGCAAAGUGUUGUCAUCCUUGAUCCCAACGAGAGAAUCUCUGUCAAUGGAUGUUGAUGGUCACGAUAGAGAGAUGAACUUUGAAAAGAGUCAAAACAAGAAUUCCUCAUAUACAACUCAUGACCCUUUGUAUGUAUUGGAUGUGUCUGAGGGCUUUUCGAUUCUGCCAAUAAUUGCUGGCAAACUUGGGCCAGUUAAAGCUUACAGUUCUGUUGAAAAAGAGCAGCAUCAAAUAGCCCUUAACAUAAUUUCAGAAGCCAACCAUUUCCCUAAAGAAACAUUAGAGUUUUGGCUCAGCCACUUAGAGGAUGAGAGUGUGAUGUUACGGAGACCCAAAUCAGACAAACUGUGGAAUAUUAUAAUUCUGGACGUCAUAGAGACUUCAGGUUUAAUCCAGCAGGAGGUGAUGGAAAAGGCAGCGAUAUCCAGGUGUUUGCUUCACUCUGGAGGAAAGAUAUUCCCACAAUAUGUGGUGAUGUAUGGGAUGCUUGUAGAAUCGCAAUCCUUAGUACUUGAAAGUGCAGUUCAAGGGACUGAACCCACACUUGGGUUUAAUAUAGCACCUUUUAUCAACCAGUUCAAGGUGCCUGUUCGUGUGUUUUUGGAUCUUGCCACAUUACUAUGUGUGCCCUUAAGCAAGCCAACAGAACUGCUAAGACUAGAUCUCAUGAAUCCCUAUUUGAACAGCUCCAGUAGAGAAGUAAAGGUGCAAGUUUCUAAGUCUGGCCACGUCACUGCCAUUCCAUUUUGGUAUCAUAUACAUCUAGAUGAAGAUAUUUAUUUGGAUACAUCAAGUGAUUCCUCCCACUGGAAACAAGCUGCAGUUGUUCUUGACAAACCGAUCCAAGUUCAGCUUGGAGAUGAACUUGUACUCAACAUUCAGCACUAUAAAAGUAAUGUCAGCAUCACUGUAAAGCAGUGAAGAAUAGUCACUUGGAAUCUGGUUCUAAUGCUCAAAUCAAAGAAAAUUAUUUUGAUUUAAAUAUAAUCUAUGCACACUAGCAGAAUGGCUCAGCAUUUGAGAUGUUUAAUAGAUGAACAUAAAAUCUAGGUUUUAUGUUUUUGCCUAAAAGGGUUUUUUAUUAUUGAUUACAAAUAUUUUGUUUGUUUUAAGAGGACCUAUUGAUGAACUACAAGCCAUUGUGCAAGGACAUCUUGAACUGUUAUAGUGAAGUCAUGUCUUGCUCAGCAGCAGGAAGCUUCAUUGUUAACUGAAUUGAUUAUUUCUUCACCUUUCCUUUGUACAAGCUGUAGAGGAAACUGCAAUUUUUGUUGCAGGGAUGCUCACAAAUUUUUGUUUUUGUGUAAGGUGCUUAGAUACCUUAGCAGUAAAUGCUGUAUAAAUAUCUACAUACAGAGAAUGCAAUAUUGUGAAACAAUUAGAUCCUUCCCUCAAUCCCACACCUUCUUUGUGGCAACUAUUUUAAGUUACUUUAAGUGGUAUUAAGGAGGCAGUUUUGAAAUAAAUUCAUGAAUGCCCUAUGUGGCUACGUUC